GUGCAUGCAGUCAAACUGCCACCCCUUGAUGUCUUGCCGGAUCUCACCAACAUGAAGAUUUGUGACAGUAGCGAUGAGAUCGAACCUCUUGAUCAUGCCAUUGAAGAUUUACCACACAGAACUGAUUUGAGAAAUGAAGAGGCCAAUCAUUGGACUGCACCUGCACAAGGACUGCAAGCUGAACCAGCUGCCAUCCAGGAGCUCUUCAUGCAUUGGCUAGCUUCCAUGACACAGCUCGAUGCUGCUGAUGCUCAGCAAGAUCCGACCAUGGAAAUCACAACCUGGUUUUUGGACAUGCCGACAUACCUGAACUGCGAUGUUCCUCGUUCUGUACUUCUUGGACAAGACUUUUCAUCCUGGAUGCGCUUGAUUGCAACGACUUGGCUUGACCUGCUUGACCCAACCUUGCCAAUCAGCUUGUAUCUUGUGAGGCCGUCCCCACCUGUAACCAGCCUGCAACAACAUCAACGUGUGCAUGUUAUUGUCCUACAACGUGCUCCAGCUGAUGGUGUGGCCAAUUUGUUUACGGUGGUUGCCACUCAUCAAGUUUUACAACCGAUGCGCCAUUUUGCACGGUUUGCACCACAUCAAAUGGCCAAACCGCAAGUCAUUGGUUUUGCUAGCCUUAGCGAUCAAUGUUAUCCCGAAUUAUCACCACGUCAAUGCACGGUCUGGCAUGGUGAUCUUGAGCUGAGGGAAAAUUUGGCACUUCGCAAUCGACAUGGCAUUGCCUUUGUCAUCAUUAUCCAAGAAAUGCAGCAUAUCAUUGACAGGCAGAAUUCCCAGCCCCAAUUUGAGCGCAGCGCCUGGUCUGACGAUGAAGAUGAAGCCUCUGUCAGCUUCAUUCAGAUCCAGGCAGUUCAGACGAUGAUGAAUGAGCUCAAUGCCUCUGAAUGUGCCUUUCAUCAAGAAUGGCCUGAGAACCUCGAGAUUCCAACAGUGACACAGGAAGCCCUUUGUGCUCUCCAUGAGGAUAGUGAGGUUUGGCUUGCCUGGUUGCGAGAUCCACUACAGCUUCGAGCACUUCAAUGGCUUUGGUAUCUUGAACAGAUGAACGCUGCCAGCCCUUAUGCACCGCGCAUUGUCGAUGGCUUCUUGGAAUGUGACAUCAUAGCCAUUCCGCAGGCCAAUGUACCACCUUUGAAUUGCACUCUGCAGACAACAGACCCUGUUGCACCUUCUCCAAGAGUCACAAUUGAACUGACGAUUGCCACAGCCAACGUGCUCACCUUGCGUCAGUCAGGCCUUGAACAAACUGGAACGAGCAUCUCCAGGCAACAGGUCCUGAUGCAGCAAUUUCAUGACGCAAAGUGCACAUUUGUAGGCAUUCAAGAGACGCGCCACAAACAUCUUGUUGGCAUCAACAAUGAGCUGUUUCAUGUCAUUGGACAUCCUGCUGACUUACAUGGGAAUGAUGGUGUUCAACUUUGGAUCUCCAAGCAACAGCCACUCCAUGAAUCCGGCCCUUGCAUUGGCAAAGAUCAAAUCCGCAUCAUUGCAUCCAGUUCGACCUUUCUCAUUGUCAAGAUCAACACUGACUGUUGGAAGUGUGUCAUCGUCACUGGAAGAGCUCCUCACUCAGCUCGUCCUCGGCAAGAAGCAGAAGCUUAUUGGCGAACCAUUUCUGAACAUCUUCAACGCAAAGCAUCAGGAUGGCCACUCAUAUAUUGUGGUGAUGCCAACGCACAUGUUGGUGACUGUCCAACCUCUGCGAUUGGCCCGCUCUACCCAUCACAAGAGAACCAAGCAGGAUUCGACAACCACGAUGGGACUCACAGCUCCUUCAUCGCCAACUGCAGCAAGAAGCGCAAUGAUGCAGAUGGAGUUGAAUCCUAUACCUGCACGCGCAGGGGAUCCAGACCGGGCAGUCCUUUGGCAGACAUUGCCUUCAAUCUGGGUAUGGCAGACCUUUUACAAGAUCUGCAAACAUUUCUCAUGAACAACGACAUCUACUUGGCCGGCAGUGCUCUUUAUGCAGAAGGAGAACCAGACUUUGCAUGGUGGGACCCGACUCAACAUAAAGAGCUGGUUGAGCGCUGUUUUGCGCAAUUUGCAGAGUGUUUGCACGAUUGGGCGAAUGCGAGUGAGCCUACCGUUGUCGACUUUCACAAUAAGUUCUUCAACCUGUUCCAACAGAUGCACAUUCCAGAAUUUCAGGCCGCACGGGUCUUCAUCUUCUGGAUUGAGACUGCCUUUCAGGACAUUCACCCGACCUUCGACAUUGACCUUUACGAGCUCCUUGAGGAGUCGCACAUGACCAUGCUGGAGGAUCUACACACCUGGCAGUUGAGGUUAAGAAUGACUUCAUUGCAGAAGCAAUGGGAGAGGCUUGAAGCAGGUCCUAGACCUCUGCGUGGAGAUCAGGAUUGCUGGGGCCUGCUUAACCUCAGCUUCAAGGAGUUACAGCAGGUCGCGAUUGGGAAUGAGCUCCUAUUGCGUGGUCUUCUCUUGUGUGCUCCUGUCGCUCUACAUGGAGGAGCAACCACACUUGAGCACCCUGCACCGCCUCUUCAAGAAGAGCGGCCUUCAAUUUGGAGGACUGGAAUCCUGAAGCUCCUGAGCUCUGGUGGGCGAUUGUUCAGGCACUACACGUUCCAGCAGUGGAAGCACGGAGCAGAAGGGAUAAAGCCCACCACCCUCCUUUAUUCCCAUGCUCCUAUCCCAGCGACUUUUGCUUCGAACGAGCAGAUGGACCUCAUCAAGCCUGUGGUUCCCCUCAUUGGCCGGGGUAGCGAUGGACGCUUUCGCACGGCACGUGCAAAGGAAUACCCCCCCGGGAUGAAUCGCUGCCUGGCUGAGGCAUUUUGGUCGAGUAUUUCGACAUGCCUGGCUGAGGUUGAUGAGGCCGCACA